AUGGCGACGCUGCUGCAGCGCACUCACCUGACCCUCCGUUUUCUGCUGGAGAGAAUUCACAAAGACCUAAAGGCAGCAGCAGCAGCAGCGCCAGCAACAGAAGCAGCAGCAGCAGCAGCAGCAGCAGCAGAAGGAGGGCCUCGACCUCCUCCCAUCCCUUUUCCAGUACCCUUUGGUGCUGCUUCUUCAGACCCUCAGGGGGGCCCCCCUGGGGCCCCCCUGGGGGCCCCCGCCGCACCGGGGGGGCCCCCGCUACCUGCAGCAGCAGCAGCAGCAGCAGCAACAGCAGCAGCACCUAAGCGACUGCCGCCCUCAGCAAGAAGCCCUUGCGCUGGAAGAGCUCGCAGAGGAAUAUUUGCUGCUGCAUGCAUUGAGCAGCAGCAGCAGCAGCGGCAGCAGCAGGAUGGGCUUCCCGCUGCAGCCUUGCUGCUGCACCUGCGUCACGCCCGGCAGCUGCAGCGGGGGGCCCCUCGUCAAGGGGGCCCCCUGCUGCUGCAGUUUGCUGUCAGAGAACUGGCG